AUGUUCACUAACCAGGCCCUGAUAAUAUCCUGCUUUCUGGCAUCCAAAGGCGAUGUUGAUCUACUAGGCCGUGCUCUGGUUAAGCUGGCACCUCUUAUAUACACAGAAACAAACCUUUUGCUGCAAAAUUCGGUCAAUGGAGGGGAUUAUCCAUACGAUGAAAUUCCAUCGUUUUCGUUAUAUCAUGUUCUUGGGGUUUUGGUGUGUUGGCUGCCGAAAACGUUACCUGCUGAGCAACACUCAGUGGUGCAACAGACGAUAGAGGCUGUGACGCAGUAUCACCUCCAGAACGAUAUCCACAAGCCUUUGGAGGCUAAUUUGGAGAGUGUAUUUGAUGUAGAGGAGGUGUUGGCGGAAAUAGUGCAAGAAAAGCCCGAAUUGGCAACUUUGAUUGAUGUUAGCCCUGAGUCUGUGAGUGAACGGGCCAAGGCGGUAUACCAGAGACUACGACUUGAAUGCCGUGGAUUGCAGUGGGGUCAAAAUGUGUUGCUGGACACGGUUGGGCUGAUCGAGGAUAAUAGUUGGACACUGAACAUCGAAGAAGAGCCUAGGACAUCCAGGAAGCCCAAAACACAGACGGAAAUGAAGGCUUUGACAGACUCUAUUCUUUUUGCAUUUGCCAAAAGCAGAGUACUUGCUGUUGACACAGCAGUGCCAAAUAUCGCCAUUUCACAAAAUCUUCUACAAAGUAUAGCCGGUUCAUCUGAAUCAGCUAGAAAUUGGCAAGCUGGCCUACUUCAGCCAUUACAGAAAUUAUCGCUGAUCACCACCAUUCCAAAACUUACGGAUUGGGAUUUGCUGACCGAUAAUGAUGCCAUUGACCAGUUUCUGCAGCCCUUGAAUGAUGCAAAUGCCACUCAGCUGGUCUCCGAGGCCUUGAUACCGUAUCUUGACUAUCAUGGUUCCUGGAUGGUUCUGGGGAAAUGGCUGGAGCAAUUCUGUAACUCCUCUUUGGCUGACGGAAACAAUCUGGCGACGCUGGAGCAAAAUUACGCUAAACUGACUACCCUUCUGUCACAAUCAGUUUUGAUUGACGAAUUGUCGAAUAACCAUCCUGACGUCGCAGCCGAAUUUGUGUGCCUUGUCGUCUCACAGAUAUAUGUCUGUCCCGUGGUAUCGCUCGAGAUCUUCAUGGCUAUGAAACAGUGCCUCGCCUAUUUGACUGGUUUACUUUCUUCAGAUGAAUCUUCGUUGGAUUUUACACCUCAUGACCUUCAAGAUGCUCAACUCGCCGCGUUGACUGAAACUAAGAACGUUCGAGACGUUGGGCUGUUGCUGCAGGUCAAGCCUGCUCUGGGGUCAAUUGAGUCGGCCGAAAGACUGGUGGAAAGUGCACAAAGAUUGUAUUCAAGCGGAUUAUCGGUGGUGGACAUUCUUCAGCUCAGUGGGUCUUCGGAAGAGCUCCAGGCUAAGGAAUUGAACAAGUUCUUGGCCAAUGAAACCAGUGAACUUCAUUCAGACGAACGCCAAUGGGCAGCGGUUUUAAACUCGGUCUACUGGUUAUUUGACAACACCGCAUAUUUCCGUAAAAUGAAGAGAUCCAGUCUGGAUAAGGCUGUUCUCGAGCGUAUUAUGGAUACUAGAAGUCUGCAAGUUGCUGGGGUGUUUCUUGAGUUUUCGCAAAUGAAAGCCUCUGAUUACGACCUCGUAUUGUCUCAAUACAGCUGGGGAUUUUACAACAAAGCAACCAAUCUGGAUACGUCAAUCGGAUGGCUUAAGAGCUGUCUAGAGUGUCUGGACCUUUGGGAUGCUGCUUACAUCAGUCUGGGCGUUUCCACUCGUCCCGACGACUUCGUGAAACUCAAGGGCCUGGUAAGUUCGUUUCCCUUAUUACUCAGAUACAAAGUUUACUUUGAGACCGGGGUUCCGCUCACUCCGAAGAACCUUUAUGAAAUCCACGAUGCUGGAAAAGUUGUCAUGAAGAUAUUAGAACUUAACCUGAAAGCGUAUCUUGAUCUUGACCGUCUAGAACCUCUUUUUUUUCAAUUGGAAAUGGGGUUCUCUGGCAUCAAAACUGACGCUGAGCCGGCUAGGCUCAGACUUCAGAUGAUGUGUUUGGAGUAUGCUAUGGCCAAUCAGGACUUUGCGUUUUCCUCCAACUUAUCUUUGGACUUGCUCUAUGAGCCCUCUGACGCUGCCAUUGCCCAGAUCCAACAUAGCUGGGCGGCCUUGUUUCAGGUGUGCAAAUACACCUCGGAAGACGAACUGAGCGGAGGGUCUGCUCAACUAAUGGUUCAGCUGAAAGUCUGUUCUCUUUUGCUAUUGUAUGUUCCUGUUGAAUUCUACGGGGCUGUUUUAGCACAAUGGCAGCUGUUGGAGUCGGAUCUGGCACAGAGACAUGACAGCGGCACUCAAAAGCCCAGGGAAACCGGUCUUAGCAGGAUUCAGAGGUCGUUGAAUUCAGCUGCGCUGGAGGUGAUUGAUGGUAACGGAGGGUUAAUUAGUUGGGCUUUUGGAGCAUCAAACUAG